AUGCCUCAAAUCGUCAUUGACACUUUAGAUGUUACGAUUGGGAUUGCCGGAACUGUGUCCCUGAUGCUCGGCUCUGUGGGUUUCGGUGUAUUGUUCGGGAUAUUCUAUGAUGUGUACGCUAUUUUCUGGGCUCCCACGAGUGCAUGCCUCGUCGCAGCUAUCAUCAGUCGCAUCUCAAUCUAUUGCGUCAACGAUAAUGUAGCGGGGAUUAUCACGUGUGCUCUAACUUCAGCUAUCAGCAUCAGUGCAUGCAUCUUCACUUCCGUGAAGAUGGAACUAAUCUAUCGCGACGUGGGCUCUGUAAUAACGUUAGCAGGAGUCAUAAUCAUCAUAUUCACAGUUAUCGAACUCGGAAUUGUCUUAAUCAUGUGGAGAAAACGACUCAAGAACAAAAUCGAUAUCAAGCACGACAUCCUAGUAGAAGACGGCGGGUCCGAUGUGAUUGGUGCACGCUACGAAUACCAUCAGUCCCCUGUUGCUAACACCAGCAAUGCAACUUUUCAUGAAACUCCCACGACGCAACGCACUGCCUCUCGUAAUACUCGUGAUCGUUCACGUAACAAAGUGAACCUUUGGGAUGACGAUGUGAUAACGACAGCGCGAAUUCCAAAAGACAAGAUUAUCAUGGAGAACCUGAUCAGUCAAGGAGGGUACGGGGAGGUGUACAAAGGAACUUUCAACGGACUCUCAGUCGCAGUUAAGAGGAUGUUGCCAGCACACCGCAAGAGCGUCGCCCACGUCAACAACUUCUUGGCUGAAGUCAAACUAAUGGCUUCGCUUGAGCACUCUUGUAUUGUUGAGUUCGUGGGUGUCGCGUGGGAUGCGCUUAGUGAUGUUUGUGCCGUUAUUGAGUUCAUGGAUGGUGGGGAUUUGAGAGGACUGCUCACGUCGUAUCAUAAUCACCACCAUCCCGUUGGCUUCGACUGUGACAAAGUGAAGAUCGCUCUGCAUGUUGCGCACGCUCUCACAUAUCUCCAUUCCUUGAGUCCUGUAGUGAUCCAUCGCGAUCUCAAGUCGAGGAAUAUUCUACUCACAUCGGAUCUAGAUGCCAAGUUGACGGACUUCGGUGUGUCUCGCGAACGUGUAGACCAUACGAUGACGGCUGGAGUGGGUACGUCGUUGUGGAUGGCACCGGAAGUUCUCAUGGGAGAACGGUACGACGACAAGGCCGAUAUUUUCUCGUUCGGGGUGGUGUUGUCGGAACUGGAUCUGCAGGUUCUGCCUUACUCUCAUGCCACUGACAGCGAUGGAUCAGGCCACCGUAUGCGUGACUUGGCGAUUCUCCAGCGGAUGGCAAUGGGGAAGUUGCGUGUCCAGUUUUCGUGCGACGCAUUGGCGUCGAUGGUCGAUCUGGGGAAUGCGUGUGUUUCCUUGGCCCCGAAAGACCGACCGACUGCGGCUGAAGUGCUGUUCAUCAACUUCAUCUUCAUCAACUUCGACUUCAGUAACAAUGGCAAAUGA